CUCCUCGGCAGCCCUGCACUGGCAGCUGUGGCGGUGACUGCGGGGCCCUCCUGAGCGGCGGUCGCAUGCAGCUCCUAUGAGGCCGCCGGUCGGCGAUGUCCGACUCGAGCUGUCGCCUCCGCCGCCGCUGCCCGUCCCGGCUGUGAGCGCGUCUCCCGUGGGCUCCUCCGGGCGUCUCAUGGCCGCCAGCAGCUCUCUGGUGCCCGACCGGCUGCGCCUGCCUCUUUGCUUCCUGGGCGUCUUUGUCUGCUAUUUCUACUACGGGAUCCUGCAGGAGAAGAUAACAAGAGGAAAGUAUGGGGAGGGAGCCAAGCAGGAGACAUUCACCUUUGCCUUCACUCUGGUGUUCAUCCAGUGUGUGAUCAAUGCUGUGUUUGCCAAGAUCUUGAUCCAGUUUUUUGACACUGCCAGGGUGGAUCGCACACGGAGCUGGCUGUAUGCUGCCAGCUCCGUCUCCUAUCUCGGUGCCAUGGUCUCCAGCAACUCGGCUCUGCAAUUCGUCAACUACCCAACCCAGGUCCUUGGCAAAUCCUGCAAGCCAAUCCCAGUCAUGCUCCUUGGGGUGACACUCUUGAAGAAGAAGUACCCGCUGGCCAAAUACUUGUGCGUGUUGCUCAUUGUGGCCGGGGUGGCCCUGUUCAUGUACAAACCCAGGAAAGGAGUUGGGGCAGAGGAGCACACCGUGGGCUACGGAGAGCUGCUGCUGCUGCUGUCUCUGACCCUGGAUGGGCUCACAGGCGUUUCCCAGGACCACAUGCGGGCUCAUUAUCAGACUGGCUCCAACCACAUGAUGCUGAACAUCAACCUUUGGUCGACACUGCUGUUGGGAGCCGGAAUCCUGUUCACCGGAGAGCUCUGGGACUUCCUGCGCUUCGCUGAGAGGUUCCCCAGCGUCCUCUAUAACAUCCUGCUCUUCGGCCUGUCCAGUGCCCUGGGUCAGAGCUUCAUCUUCAUGACAGUUGUCUAUUUUGGUCCCCUGACGUGCUCUAUCAUCACCACAACUCGGAAGUUCUUCACUAUUUUGGCCUCUGUGAUCCUCUUCGCCAACCCCAUCAGCACCAUGCAGUGGGUGGGCACUGUGCUCGUGUUCCUGGGUCUCGGUCUUGAUGCCAAGUUUGGGAAAGGAGCCAAGAAGACGUCCCACUAGGAAGCGAGAGACUCCCUGCGUUCCAAGAGUGUUUUAAGUUAUUGUCUCACACGGCGGCAUCUCGUAGGAAGACAGACUCAAUAGUGAUGAGGGACUGGGUUCCGGUCUUUUUUUUUAUUAUUAUUAUUUUAUCUAAGCAAAAUCACAUAUUCUUUAAAAAGCACCUGAAUCUU